AUGGGGUCUUCCACAAUUUCUCUCUUCCUAAUACUUUCCUUCAUCGCCGCAACUGCUUCCGCACAGAAUUUGCAACAGGACUUCCUGGACGCCCACAACCGCGAACGCGAGCUGGUGGACGUCAAGCCCAUGACGUGGAGCACCACGGUGGCUGACUACGCCAGCAACUACGCCCAGAGCCGCUCCAGCGACUGCAGGGAGGUGUACUCCCUAGGGCCGUACGGGGAGAACGUGGCGGCCGUGUCAAGUCUGGAUUCGGCGGAAAACGCCGUCGGCACUUGGGUGAGAGAGAAGCCAUUCUAUGACUACGAAAGCAACAGCUGCAUGGAAGGACAAGUGUGCUGGCACUACACGCAGGUUGUUUGGCGAGAGUCAACAGAAUUAGGCUGCGCGCUGCAGCAGUGCGAUAACGGCCUUGUGUUCGCCAUCUGCUGCUAUAAUCCACGGGGAAAUAUCACCGCCCAACUCCCCUACUAGAACAGAUAAUGUUCACCACUAUACAACAUUAUCUAUUUUCAUUGUUGCUUGUAUUGUUGUUUGUCUUCUAAUGUUGCAUUAUUCUUACUUCAGUGGGGUUUUAUUAUUGUAAACACGUGCCUGAAUUUUUUUUA